UCGGUCACCCUGUCAGUUGCCCGCCAGCCGUCGCCGGGUGAGCACCUGAUCGCUCGUGUCCGCCUCCUUCCACUACGUUUCGGAUCUUUCCUCGCGCGUGUUUCGUGCUUUACAUUGACUCUUGAGUGCUGCAGUAGAAGAACACCCUACCGCGUGUGACAACAAUACGUAUGUUGUUGGCGAUAACUUUCGUUUGCCAUCAGAGAAACUUUGUCAUUCCGUCGCGUUUGUUUUGUUGGUGCAAGAGAGUGCCGGACGCUAUUGUAAGCAAGUUUUUACUUACCUUUGAUUCUUGACAUUGGCUCAGUAACAGACAACCGCAGUCUCACGACCCCGCAUCAGUUUAACCGAUAACAAGACGUGCAUGAUAAGAUAAGUCACCAAUAGUCCGUCGUUGUGAACGAGAGCCGCGGCGUCUCAGUGUUGGAGUGACUGGCCUCGCGAGAGUUCCAGCGGCACACAAGGUCAAGUUCAUUCGCCGCCUCCACCCCCGCACUGUCGUCUCUUCACUCCUUCAUGAACUGCUAUUGAACCUGUUGCUCGAGGAAAGCCAAGUGAAAGGAAAAGUUGCUUUCGACCUGACCUGGUAACCGACGGCAUCUGACCCAAAUACUGCACCACCCAUUCACCGAGACUGACAGGGCACACUUGACCCACACGAGCCACGCCACCACUACAGUGAGAGUGGGAGGAGCCGCACACGCCCGCUGAAGAUGGCUCUGGCCCUUAUAUAAGUGAUCCAGAGUCAUGGCCUAAGAUGAGCCCUGCUGAAUACUGCCAAUUGAUCCUCGUGAACUCAGCAUCCACUACCAAGUGAUCUAUUGGACUGGUCAUUGAUUCUCACGUGUGACAGUCAGUGGACGACGCGUGACGGCCGCCGUGCCAACGUUUGGCCAAAAGUGCUGGCGACAGCGCGUGUCGAUGGAAUGUUUGUGUUGGGCUCUGGUGUGGCCACACUCAACCUCUCCGCCAUGGGGGACGAGAGUUGCUCCGAGGUGUCCAGCUCGUCACCGCUUACCAGCCCCGGUGCCCUCUCUCCGCCAGCACUCGUCAGCGUCGGCGUCAACGUUGGCAUGAGUCCUCCGACCUCUCUUGCCUCCUCAGACAUCGGCGAGGUGGACCUGGACUUCUGGGAUCUCGAUCUCAACUCCCCAAGCCCCCCGCACGGCAUGGCGUCCAUCGCUUCCACCAACGCCCUCUUGCUCAAUCCUCGCGCUAUGGCCUCGCCUUCCGACACCUCCUCCCUAUCAGGGCGAGAUGACAUGUCGCCGCCCUCUUCAGUGAGCAACUACAGCGCCGACUCCUUCGGCGACCUGAAGAAGAAGAAAGGCCCCAUCCCCCGCCAGCAGGAGGAGCUGUGUCUAGUGUGCGGGGACAGGGCGUCAGGCUAUCACUACAACGCACUCACCUGCGAGGGAUGUAAAGGUUUCUUCCGGAGAUCCAUCACAAAGAAUGCUGUGUACCAGUGUAAAUAUGGUGGCAACUGUGAAAUGGAUAUGUACAUGCGACGCAAGUGUCAAGAAUGUCGCCUCAAAAAGUGUCUUGGUGUGGGCAUGCGACCAGAAUGUGUCGUGCCGGAGUCUCAGUGCGUGGUGAAGAGAGAGCAGAAAAAGCUACGAGACAAGGAUAAGAAGGACUACCCAAGCCAAGGCUCCCCACUGGCUGAGGAAAAGGCCAUUCCAACAAGUCCAGUGAGUAAUGAUUGUAAAUCCAAAGGUCCAUCACCUGCAUGUGAUGUGCAGUUCAAAAAUCUUGUUGACACUCCUAGCAUCGUUCAGACUCCUAUGUCUGCUGGGGCCAGAUCAAAUAUCAAACCACUCACUCGAGAGCAGGAGGAGUUGAUCAACACGCUAGUCUACUACCAAGAACAGUUUGAGCAGCCAACGGAAGCAGACAUAAAAAAGAUAAGAUUUAACUUCGAUGGUGAAGAUACAAGUGACAUGAGAUUCAGGCACAUAACCGAGAUGACGAUCCUCACAGUUCAGCUCAUAGUGGAAUUCUCCAAGCAACUACCAGGUUUCGGCACACUUCAGCGAGAAGACCAGAUUACCCUGCUCAAGGCUUGCUCGUCAGAAGUCAUGAUGCUCCGAGCAGCCCGGUUCUAUGAUGCCAAGACAGACUGCAUUGUGUUUGGAAAUACCUUGCCCUACACACAAACAUCUUAUGAGUUUGCUGGCUUGGGAGAUUCAUCACAAAUACUCUUCCGUUUUUGUCGCAACCUCUGUAAGAUGAAAGUUGACAAUGCUGAAUAUGCACUUCUGUCUGCCAUAAUUAUAUUUUCAGAGAGGCCAAACCUAAAGGAACUCCAAAAGGUGGAAAAGCUUCAAGAAAUAUACCUCGAUGCAUUGAAGGCAUACGUGUGUAAUCAAAAGUUUCCCCGGCCUGGCAUGCUGUUUGCAAAGUUGCUUAAUGUCCUCACUGAGUUGCGAACCCUUGGGAACCUGAACUCUGAGGUAUGCUUCUCCCUCAAACUCAAGAACAAAAGACUCCCACCAUUUUUGGCUGAGAUCUGGGAUGUUGCUGGUUGCUGAGCCUCAGCCACCUCCUGGGUGCCAUAUUACCGAGGUAAAAUGUUGGCGCAAGAAGGUUGUGAGCCCUUUGGGGGUGGUGGAUGGACUCUACACUAUGUACCUGUCGGCUGUAAGUGAGAGACUGUUGAUGUUGUGGCAGCAGCUUCACACUGCCACCCAGGGCCCACUUUCAGCCACCUGACGUGUUUAUGGUUCAGGCCAUCACUGUGACAGUGCUGUGUAGCACUCCAUUAGUGCAAUGAUGAGUGUAUAAUGAUGCACUUUAGAUGUGAAGGGCAGCAGUAUGGGCAUUGUAGCCAUUUUUAUUAACACAUUUUAUAAAACCUUCAGAUAUAAUGAAAGUGGUGUGCAUAUUGACUGUUUCAUAUACAUACAUAUACCUACUUGUAUGUGUAAAAUGUUUUUUGCUAUGUAAUUUUUUUUAUAUAAUAUUAAAGUAAAAAGGGCUACAUUGCACUGUUGCUCAGACACUGCGCAAGCCACAUUCUGGCAGGCAACGAACUCCCCGUGCCUUGCUUAUGGUCAAGCCUCUGUUUCCUACACUAUUCUCAAGGUGCUCCUGCGGGACUGAGGAGAGGGGAAUCUAAACACAAGGAACAGUGCGAUGUCUUCUGAUCCAUAUUUUUAUAUGAAUUCUUGUUAAUUUAAUGAGCUGGUAUGCCGUCCUUACAAGUAGUAAACUAUUGAAAAUAUAUGUUAAUAUUACUGUAAUGUUAUUAAUACUGCUAUGAAAUGUAAUCUUAUAUCAAUAUCCUUGCCCUUACACAUGGAAGGUUGUGUAUAAACCAGUUAAUUUACAUUUUAAAAGUAAAGUAAAGAAAAGGUGCAGUCUACAUGGAAAUCAAGUUUAUGAAACGCUCCUGUGAAAUGUGCAAUGUAGAUGGACGACGUUAGUGAGACUCCAGCAGGAUGGAAUGGGGGUAAUUAUGCCAAAGACAUAAUAACAAAGAGGAAAGUUUUGUAUACCCAAGUUAGUGAAGAUUGAGUACAUUAUAUUUUUACUAUCUUCAAUUUUAUAUUCCUUGUAUGGAAAGGUAUGUGCAUUACCUAAUUUAAUAAGAAAUUUGAUUUGUUCAAAGUCUCAUAUCACCUAAAUUUUCUCAAAUUGAAGUAUUUUUUUACCAAUAUAAUAAAAUAAAAUAAAAUUUAAAACUCAAAAUUCUGUGGUAUGGUAUGUUAAGUGCUUAAAUGAAAAAGUAAACAUAUUUUAAGUGUUUUUAUAAAAAAAUAAUAAUAAUGAUAAUAAUCAGGCAUGAAUACCCUUUGUACACUUGCUUAGGAACCUUUAUCUUCAGUGGACCUGCAUUAUAUACCCCAGAAGCCAAUACUAAUCCAAAAGAAACACCCUUUGCCUUUCCCAAAUCAAAAUAUAAAACUAAUAUUAAUUUGGACCUUAAAUUAAUGCCAUAUUCAUCCCAACCCUAUUAGAAUCUUACUGGUCACCCUAACCUAGCCUAUUAUAUAAACAUAAAUUAACAGUAUAACUAGUAAAAUUUCCAGACCAUAGAAAUUUUCAAUUUACCUGAAAAGUACAACUGAUAGUAUAGAUUAAGCUAAAUUUUUUUUAUACAACUAGCUAAAAAAAAUAUUAUAAGGAAAAAAUAACUAGGGUGCUGAGGAAACAAAAUUGUCCAGGGUGCUAUAUAAAAAAAACAAAAAAAUGCUGUUUCCAGAAGGGCUCAGGAACUCUGCCUAGAUUACUUGCUGUGAUGAGCACCACACCAUCUGCUGCAGUGGUGCACUAGGGCACAUUUCUUAACCUAGAAAAAUGUGACUACUGGACACUGAGCAAGUGUUGUUCUGCUCAUAUCAAGAAUCAACUUAGGAGUGUAGGUUCUCUGUAUAAGCUGUAAUGCUUCAGGUUUAGGGAUGUCAGUUGAAGCCAGUUCCAGAUUUUCAGUCAUAUGAAGUGAUGAAGUAUCAGUCAAGCAGUGUCAAUAUAUUAUGAAGGUUUUUCUCAUCGCAAUGUUAAGUCUGUGUACAGGGGCUGAAAAUUCUAUUGAAAGAAAAUAUAUUGAAAUCCCUGAAACUGGUGAAUUACCCAAUCCAUGGCUUCUCCAUGUCUUGUGAACCACCACACUACCCCAUUCUUUUAGUGAAUGCUGUAACCUGGUGGCUGGCAAGAUCAUGUUAAAAUACAAAAAUCUCUUGUUCAGACCGAGACGUUCUUGUCUGUCACGAAUCCAGUGCAUUAUCUCGUGUUAUUUGUCCAGAAAUAUUGAUUGUUUGCUACAUUUUCUGUGUAUUAUUAAUAUCUGUAAAGCAGGUUUUGUUAAGACAUACAUGAUUCUGAAUCAGAAUGAGUGCAUCAAAUGUUCUUAAGUGUGCAUGUGUGUAAGUACAGACAGACUUCACCUUCAUCAUACACUUAGCUCAUCUUACAUAGUCUUUUAGCUUUUUCUCAUCUUCACAUCUUCAUUUUUUGGUAGCCACUUUUCAGCACAUAGGAGAGUGCUUAGUCAAUGUAUCGAGUUGGCUGAAGAAGGUUCAGACUGGACUAGACUGUGCACCAAAAGCAGAUGGCAAUCAAAAAAACAACAAAAAGUCAGGCUUUACUGUUAGGCAUUAGUGCCACACCGGUGCAGUUGCUUUAUUCUUAAAUCAAGAUGGAACUUUUUUUUUUUUUUUUUCCUGGAGAUAAAUGAGAAGACUCACUUCCUCUUAUGAUAUACAUGCAAGAAGAAAUAGUGGCUAUUAUUGUACAUAGGGAAAUGUAGGAUCUGAAGUGAAAAAUCAAUUGGACUAUCAUCAAUUCAUGACCAUUCAGCUGUUAUCCUUUACUCCCUUACACUUACCUACAUUCACUUCCAAUAAGUUUGUAGAUGAAGAGACUGAGUGAUUCAAGUUAAAAAUUUAAGAGCAACUCCUGCAUUUAUGAGAUUAUCAACCAUCAAUCUGUGGGAAGCACUAUUAAUUUCACAACAAUGCAGGCUGCCAUUGCUUAACUCAUUCAUUAGCUCACUAAAUGACAGGCACCUGUGAUACACAUAAUCUGUGAAGCUGAUCAGUUUGAUCUAAAAUAUUUCAGGCACUCAGAUUCUUCUAUUUGUUGAGAGUAGUGUUGGUGCAUAAUACAAGUAUCUGUGAUACUUUAUCCUGUAAAGAAAGCUUUUUAUUCAAUGAUAUUAGACACUGAUUGUAUAAUCUGUAAAAGCUUAAAAUGCACAAACUGUUUUUACCUAAUUUGUUUAAUAUUUUGGGAAUUAUAGAGCCUUAAAAGUUUUAUUUACAUUAUUUAUUUUUCAAUAUGAAUUUUCUAGAAAAUCUGACAAAUACAUUAUGAGCAGCAUUUCAAUUUGCUAUUUGAGGCCUAGGUUUCCACGAGGGAGUAACAGCAAAGAUCCUAAUUCUGUCUGUGGGCUCAAAUAUUUCCUGGUGUGAACGUUUCCCUUAACCAACUUGAUGGCAUUUAGUACUCAAGAUUUGGUUGGGAUUCCAUCCAGAGAUCAGAGAUGUACUCAGUGAAAACUUUGUAAUUAGGUUUUCUUGGUCUGCUUUAAACAAACCCAAGACUAAUGCAUGUAUAAGUGAACCAUACUGUCAGUAUUUGCUUCUGUGAGAAUGUACCUUUCAAAUGUGAUUGGUUGAACACAGAUCAGCCAAUCACUUUUGAAAAAGCCAUAUAAAUGUGUCUCACUGUCCCCUGAUUGGUAAAUCUGUAGUCCACAAGCCAAUCAGGUGCCAGUUAUACGUCCAAGCUCCUCCUCCAUUAAGACAAUUGUGAGUCUGUGCCGGAAAUGAGCAACUCAUUAAUUUUGAAAAAAAGUUUUUAUAUUAAAUUUGGAAAAUAAUAAAAUUAUCUUGUUUCUUU